AUGAAUCUGGUGAGCCAAGAAAUCCAGCGACGACUCGAUCUCACGACUAUUCCACCCCAACGCAUCGAUGGCAAAGACGCGGCAAUCCUGGUGCUGUUGCGUGGACAGGAGAUUGCCAAAUUGGAGGUGUUGCUGUGUGUUCGGUCGAUGAACAUGCGCAAACACCCAGGAGAGGUCUGUUUCCCGGGCGGUAUGUGGGAGCCACAGGAUAGCGAUUUGCAGCAAACGGCUCUUCGGGAGGCACAUGAGGAGACGGGCUUGGGCCUCGACCAUUUCGAGCUGUUGGGCUCGCUGCCGAGCUUCCGCUCCCGAUUCGGCGUUCUCGUCCAUCCGGCCGUGGCUCUUUGGAGAAAUGGAGCGCCAUGGGAGCCGCAGCUGAAUAGUGCUGAGGUGGAAAAGGUUUUCUGGCAGCCGCUGCACGAUUUUCUCGAUAAAUCCAUGCACAGCAGCUACGUCUGGGAUAAUGUCUACACGGUCCAUUCAUUCGAUUUUGCUGAGGCGCACUGCUACGGCUUCACUGCGUUCAUCGCCGUCGUUGUCGCAAUGUGUGCCUUCGACCGAGUGCCAGAUUUCGAUCUAAGCGAGGCUUUCACCGCCGAAAUCAUGCGUAGCGUCGGCACGAAAUCGGUGGUGGCCGCCAUCUUCAGCGUGGCUGCCCUGCCGGCCGAUCAGCGGAAUGCCCACAUUCGUCUUAAUAAAUUG